AUGAAUCAAGAGAAGAAUGUCGCAAAUAUAAAUGCCGGAGAAAUAAUUAUAGCUACGAACUUGGCAGGACGAGGUACAGAUAUAAAAACGGAGGAAAUAGAAAAGCAUGGUGGUCUUCAUGUUAUUGUAACAUUUAUGCCGCCUAAUAAACGUGUCGAAGAACAAGCAUUCGGCAGAACAUCACGUCAAGGUAAACGAGGUACAAGUCAAAGAAUCUUAAAUGCAAUCAAUUUAAUAGAAUAUGAAGACUUUGAUAUACAAAAAAUUACACAACUUCGAGAUAGAAUUGAAGCGAAAAUGUUAUGUGAUUUUGAAAAUUGUGAGUUGAAAAUUAUUACAUUGAAAGACGAGCUUUUUAUUAAAUUUUGUUCGUUACUAAAACUGAUACGCUCAGAAAUUAGGGAGAAAAUUAGCUGGUGGACAAACGUAAAGAAUAAUGUAAAAAGUACAUUUGUACAUGUUGGUCCGUCUGUUAUUGAGUCGAACACAUUACUCAGUAUUGAAGAACAAUGGGCUAUGUUUUUACGUAAAAUUGAUGAUGAAAAAUGUCCUAUCAAUACAGAAAAAAUUCAUGCUGACUAUGAAGAAUUUAGCAAAAAUAUACAGAGAAACUACGCAAAUGAUUGUGUCAUUAAGAACCCCUAUCACCGUAUCAACAUAGGUAAUGAUUUAAUCAUAAGUGAUUCAUCGCUGAAAAAUAAGUAUGAUGAAGCGAUGAAGCAUUUCGAUAAAGCUAUACAAUCUGAUUCAAAUCAUUGUGCGGCAGCUUUUGUUGGUAAAGGAUGGUUAUUAAUAAAAAGUAAAGAGAAAAUUAUUGGCUCGAAUGAACAAGAGUUCGGCUAUAAGGAAGCAGCUAUGAGAGCAUUCCGUAGAGCACUUGAAAUCUUAGCUGAAGAAAUGGCUUUACUAACAUCAAUCCAAACACUUUUACAAAAGAGAUCGUUCAAUAUGAAUAGUCCUCUAUCGAAACAAUUAAUACAAAAAAUUAAUAUUUUAGGUGGUUAUUGCAAUAGUUUAGAAAAUGUCGUGAAUCUAAUUAGAAAAUCUCGCAGAUUAAUACAAAUUACGGAUAUCAUGGACUGUAAAAACAUGAAAACCGAUGCAGAUAAUAGUGGCGUAUUUAAAAGAGCCAUUACGCAUGAUGAAAUUGAGAAAGGUAUUGGAAAAUGGUGUAAUAUUCGUUUAAUUUCCUCUGAUCAGAGUGAUCGACAUAAAGCUUCGAUAGAAAAUUGUGACGAAGUCGGGAUCAUAAAAGAAGAUGAAGAUAAAUUCGUAGUUAUUUACAAAAAUAGAAUAGAAAAUAAAACAGCUAAAUGGACUAUAGAUGAUACCGAAUUGAAUAAUUGGCUUUUAACUAUAUCAUUUGAUGAGAGUAUUCUUGAUAGAAAUACAAAUUCUAAAAUUUACAAUAGAAUUUAUCGAAAAAUCGUCUCUGAAAAUGGCUACGUUCGAGCAGACUUUUUAGCUCCUCUUCAAAUUUUAUCAAAAGAUCGAGAAUAUGAAGUAACAUUCAAUGAUCUUACUGUGAGAGAAGAUAUGGGUACCAUCGAUCAAGCUAUUAAGACUAUCGAUCGGGCAAUAUCAAAACCUAACUUACUUGAUCUCUUGCGCACUACAAAACGACAUAUUCUGAAUAGUGAUUAUAAAGAUAUUAGGAUUAGUAUAUCUCAGAUUAAUUCAGAAAUAUUGAAAGAACUUAUCAAUCCUAAUAUCGAAGUUCAGGAAGUUACAAAAGAGAUGGCUUUAGUAGAAUUGAAAGAUAGAAGUUCAUUUUUUCAUCGUCAUUUACUACCAGAUUCUUUAUCUCCUGAUUCGUAUGCAGUGGAUUUAGAUAUUAUUCUUAACAAUAAUAAAAUACAAGAAGAAUCUCGUUUGCAAGUAAGAAAUGCAAUAGAAAUAAUUGAAAAACAGAAAGAAGAAAAUGUGCGCUUUAAUUUAACUUUUGUAUCUGCGAAUGAUUUAUCCAAAGUUUUAAAAACCAAAGUAAUAAAUUAUUCGAAACUAACUGUCGAAUUUCUUCGUUUGAAUGGAGAAAAAAUUCAAGAGAAGUUUAGAAAAAUAAUAUCCAAAAGCAUUAAUCUUGAAAUAUUCGAUGGAAAAGAAAAAUUAUUAGAAGUUCUUCGUUCUCUCGACAAGCAACACAUCGAAUUAUACUCAUUUAAAAACGAGGAAAAGAAAGUUGGCAAUGUCAAAGAAUUAGUCGAUAAGACAACAGCAGAGGAAAAAAUAAAAAAAAAUAAAGAGGACCAAAUGUGGAUGAAAUUAAUUGAUUUAAAUACACAAAUAAUUGAAAACAUUCUUUCGAUUUGUCCGAAUGCAAAUUUUAAUAUUCAUUUCAUUAACAUAGAUUUCGACAGUCUCUUGAAUGGACUAAACGAUGAACUUAUCAAUGUUUCUUUUGAUCAAUUAGGAAGAGAAACGGCUCAAACUUUGAUAACAGAAAUAAGAAAAAAAAAACUCGAUUUUAGUUUAACCUUUCAGCGUUUAACAAGUGCUCAAGCACAAAGACUAAUAGAAAUAGCUCCCAUCGAUCAAGAAGAUAUAGAAAUUAAUAAAGUGAAACCUUUAAGUGAAUUAUUCAUGAACGAUUCAAAGCCAGAUUUAGAAUUGUCAGAAUUUUCAUGUUGA